AUGGGGGGGCUCCAGCGGGGCGGGGCGCGCCAGGCGCAGGGCCUGAAGGCCCAGCUCAGGGACGAGCAGCGCAAGAGCAAGCGCCUGGAGCAGGACGUGCAGAGGCUCACCUCGCGCCUCCAGGAGCGGGAGAUGCAGAAGCAGAACGUCGGCUCG